GUGUGAAUUUUCUGUGCAUGCUCGCGAAAGCGAAUUGGAAAAUCAGCUCCACCAAAGGCUAAGAAACAGCAGCAGCCAACCAAGCAAAAGCAGCACACCGACCGUAAUAGAGUUUGCACAUCUCCUCGUUUCAGUGAACUGUGGUGGCAAGUCUUUGCUUCACUGUUCGUCUAUUGCAUAUCAAUGACGGUGUUUGUUGUUUAUAGCGUGUUUCAGUCAUUCUGGCUAUUAUUUUAUCUCCGUUUCGAGCUAAUUGACCGUCGCAGGCUUAUAUAAUUCAAUUCGUACUCAAUCCAGUCCAGUGUUUAUGCUCAAUGUAGAAGUCAAAUUUUGUCCUGUGAUUUGCAUUUGAAAGUUUCGCAUACGGAAGCCGAACAAAACGGAUAUCCACCUUUUACGCUGUACACCAUUAAACUAGAGCACAUGUAUAAAUAGAAUCGUCCAUUGAAAAAAAAAAUUAAAAGAAACGCCACACCGAAGAAAACCCCUCGGAAUCCUCCAGCGGAAACCUAGUGUACCAUUAUCCAUAUGCCCGCUUCCGGUGGCACAAGCGCUAACGGUGAGGAAGUGGCUGCUGCUGUCGGGGAAUGAUUUUGCGAUCGCUCUGUGUGCCUUGUAAUACUAAGCGGUUAGCUCGUCGUUGAAAUGACGAUCAUCCUGUUUCUAGUGGACACCUCAGCGUCCAUGUGCCAGAAAGCGCACGUCAACGGUGUCCAGAAGAGCUAUCUGGACAUUGCGAAGGGAGCGGUUGAGACUUUUCUCAAAUAUCGGCAACGAUCGCAGGAUUGCAUGGGCGAUCGGUACAUGCUGCUGACGUUCGAAGAUCCACCGAACAACGUGAAGGCAGGUUGGAAGGAGAACCACGCCACGUUUAUGAACGAGUUGAAAAACCUGCAGAGCAAUGGACUCACGUCGAUGGGUGAGGCACUGAAAAAUGCGUUCGAUCUUCUGAACCUGAAUCGGAUGCAGAGUGGUAUCGAUACGUACGGGCAGGGCCGUUGUCCGUUCUAUCUGGAACCGUCCGUGAUUAUCGUACUGACCGACGGGGGAAAGUAUUCGUUUCGGAAUGGAGUUCACCAGGAGAUUAUACUGCCGCUGCAUGCACAGAUUCCGGGGACCAAGCUGACGAAGGAACCGUUCCGAUGGGAUCAGCGGUUGUUUUCGCUGGUACUACGGAUGAGUGGGAACCGGGCCGACGAACGGGUCGAUGGAAAGGUGCCGCAUGACGAAUCGAUGAUCGAGAAGAUGUGCGAGGUAACGGGCGGUCGUUCGUACAAGAUCCGGUCCCAGUAUGUGCUGAAUCAGUGCAUUGAGAGUCUGGUGCAGAAGGUGCAACCAGGUGUGGUGAUUCAUUUUGACCAGCUACUUACGACGAACAAUGGCGAAAAUGGGGGAGCCGAUCUUCAGUUUCAGUCUAUCAAGCGGAUGAUCUACGUGCAGAAGCACCCGCAGCAGAAAACAUUUCCGGUUGGUUUCUGGCCCAUCCCGGAACCAUACUGGCCCGAUCCGAAGUCCAGCAGUUUACCGCCGAGGGAUGCUCAUCCGAAAAUUAAAAUUAUUACUCCAUGCUGUGAUGAACCGGUAAUGCUGAGAAACUUUCCCAUAGACAAGUACGAGCUGGAGCCGAGUCCGCUGACGCUCCAGAUUCUGUCGAAGAAGGAAAGCAACAAGGUGUGGCCAUUGAUCGUAUCCAGCGGUAUGCAUGGAAUUGAGAUGCCUUUCGGUUUCCUGAAGCCGAGUAGUACGAUGACCGUUGUUAGUUUGUACGUUCUACCGUACAACUAUCAAACUUUUUUACCACUGAUCAACGAUUUGUUUCACAAAUACAAUCUAAAUCCGCCAAACGACUGGAUCUAUAAGUUUAGCAAUUAUGUUAAAUCGAUCCCACAGUACUACUGUCCGUUUUUGAGACGAGCCCUGGCUACGACCCCAAAUGUGCCCUAUCAGUUAGUGCAGUACAUACUGCCGGAAAAUCUGGACAGCUAUUUGAGUCCAGCGGUAGCGAACUAUCUUAAGCAGAUGAAGAAUACAGCCAAACAGGACCAAGAAAAUCUAUGCCUGCGAGUGUUCAAGCAGCUAAAACAACCGAAGCCUGCCUACCAUCAGUUGGAAACGGUGAAGCUGAACCCGGGGUUGCAACUGAAGCGGGAUCUGAUUUCCCAUCCGAUGCUGAAGGAUGCGUUCAAUAAGGUGCACGCUGACAUUGCUAGCUUCGACAACUACACAAUUGUGGUACCGACUGUGAUGAGACCGGCCGCGACGAAAAACUACCGUAAUCCGUUCGAUAUCCCCAGGAGGGAUCUCAUCGACGAGAUUGCUCGGAUGAGGGAGAACUUCUUCCGGUUGCCGACCAGUGGAAUAACGGUGUACACAAAGGACAGUGGCCACUGUUUACCGAUUGCCGAUAUGGGCAACUAUCAGGAGUAUCUGAAAAACAAGGAGACUCCCCUUAGAGAAUUGGAACCGACGAAUGUUAGGCAGCACAUGUUCGGUAAUCCUUACAAGAAGGAUAAAAAUAUGGUAAUGGUCGACGAGGCGGAUUUGAACGAGAUAGCACCGAUGAAGGGUGGUCGAGGCGAGCUGGGUGUGGGAGCACUGAAAAACAGAACGGAUCCAAAUGCAAGACUGAGCCGUAAACGCAAAGCGGGGCCAAUUAGGAAAGAUUAUAUUUUCAAGCGUAAAUGUACCGGGUUGAGUUCUAGUUCAUCGUCUAGUGUAACGUCGGAAACGAGCUCACUGGCCGACUUCACCUCAGACGACGAAAGCGUAUCAUCGAUCACUAGUAUCGGGUCGGAAUCUGAGCUGGACGACGAUCGCGACGGUGAACUGGUGGUGGACUUUGAAUUCCCCAGUGACAAAGACGAGGAAAGUCCCAUCAAUGCUCACGUGCGCGAAUUCAUCGAAGGCCCAGACGAAGGUGGUGGUUUAGGUGCUGGGCAACCGCCGGAACCGAUGGACACCACGAUGCCGGAUUACGCACAAUCGACGCCAAACAGUAUGCCUUACCAUCAUCACUAUCACCAUCACCCGCUUCAUUAUCCACCGCAUCAUACCACAACGGCAACGGUCAGUCCUGCAGCUAGUUCAAUUCUCAAUCCAGUGGUCGUAGCGACCAGCACCACCAGUAACAGUAGUUGUACUGCCAGCACCAAUAUCAGUUUAGCGACCAGCAGCAGCACAAAUGAUAUGAACGAUGUACUGGAAAUAUCCAAUAUUUUGAAAACCUGCCACAACGGUGGCAAUACCUUUGCAACGCCGGAGGAACCUUCUCCAGAGCCUGAACAAGUGAAACCUUUGAAAGCCGUAAAACCUAAAGCUGAGCCUCCCACUUUAAAAGUAGAAAGUGUCAGUACAAGUGACCGUAUCCUCCUGAAUGGUGGUGACCACAUCAUCCCCAGCCCGCCAGCUAAGGCGGUAGUUGUUACCCAACCUAGCCCCAAACUUCCCCGGCCUUUGACCGAGGAGGAACGUACGCGAAUUCGCGAGGAAAACUACGAAACCCGCUCGAUAAUCUUCAAAGACAUCCGGCGUCCGGGGAGGAACUAUUCGCUGCUGCUGGAACACCUGCACCUGAUAAAGGGCGACCUUCAGAUCAAGACUACAUUCAUCGAGAUGUGCGUGAAGGAAGCACUGCGAUUUCGGCGGAAAAAGAUGGCCGAUAGCAUUCAGGAAUGGUGGGAUGAACAGCUGGCGGCUCACGAAAAGCAACAGAAAUUACAACAGCAGCAGUAUCAAAAUGCAGUACGGGCGAAUUGCGUCAACAAUAGCAUUCACCCAGCAUCAACUCCACUACACUCGAAUCACCAACCUGUGCGAUCCGGAUCAUCGCGGCAACAACAGCAACAGCAACCAGGUCCCAGUAGCAGUGGUAGUAGUCAGAGUGGUAGCAGUAAAAGCAGUAGUAUUGCUCACUUCACCCACCAGUCGCACCCGCCCAACAAACAUCAGCAACAACAGCAUCAUAAACAUUCGAAUCAUCAGACUAUUAGUAAUAGUAGUAAUAGUAGCAGUAGUAGUAGUACUAGUAGUAGUAGUAGUAGUAGCAGUAGUAGGAUAUGAGGAUGUUAAUUCUUUUCCUCCCUUUCCUUCUGCGCCGGUCGUCGUCGUUGAGCGAAAUUGUAAAUUCUUUGAAGUUAUUUGCUUUAUAUUUUAUUUACCUCUCCAUCUUACCCCUUUGCCUAUCCCACGAUUGUUCAAAGUGUAGUUAAACGAAAGUACUGAGGACAAAAUUAAUUAAUGAAGGAAACCAGGAGGUUAGCCUAAUGUUGGGAGUUGUGUUCGAAGUGAGCGAAAGUGUGUGGGCGCUGCUAGGAGAAUUUUGUUCGAUUGUUUCGUUUCAGUUUUAGAGCGAAGUAAACCAGCGUGUGUAAGACGUAAUAAAAUCAAAUUGAAACAACAAAAACAGAUAGUGGUAAGGAUAAGAGGAAUCGUGUAAAUAGAUAAAUGUUAAAUAAAUUGCUAUAUUAUAAGUA